AUGGCGAACGACAGCACCGGUGGGGGUGGCGGCAGUAGCAGUGAAGGCUCUGCGAAGAACACCAAGAAGGCGAACUUGCUGGAUCAGAACUCCGUCAAGCAUCUUCUCGAUGAGACCAUCUCCGAGGUUAGGGAAAUUUCUGAGGUUUUUUGGUUCCCCGGUGUGUCUCUCUCUUUGUGGGACUGAUUCUCUUGGCGGCCAGAUGGUGACCAACAAGGGCUAUCCGGAAGACGUGAGAUUGAGCAAUCUCCGGCUGCUAAUCGGGGCGGCGAUCAUCGCCACUGCGGUGCUCGCGCAGUUCUACCCGAAGAAGUACCCUGGGAACAAGGACAUUUUGUUCGCUUGUAUUGGAUUAUAUCCUUCAUCUCGUUUUCUAAACCCUUCCCCUCCAUUUCUGUCCAAUUAUUUUAUUUUGAUUUUUAAGAAUUGCUGCCAUGUCGGAGGCCUCGGCUUACUCUACGUUUUUGCGAUCUUUGACUCGAUCCCCGUAAGUAUAUCGUGUUCAACGUAUUCCUUCUGAUCAUCAGCUACACCAAAGAGAAGAGCGCCAUCCUUUUCACCCAUCCUCCUAGUGUAAGUUUCUAACCUCACGAAAUGUACUCUUUGUGCCUCUUAUGCCGAUUUUUAAGGCAUUGUUCGUUGGUCUAAUGAAUUAUGUUCUGUAAGGGUGAGUCUUUGUACAGGACGAAUCAUUUUCUUCAAUUGUCUAUUCACGGAAAUGGGAGGACAUGGGAACCUGCCUAUUUGCCCUAAAUUUUUGUCAAAGAUCAAUCUUUUUCCUGAUGGAUCUCUUGUUAUUUUUCGUUCUGACCAUUAAUAAUUCCUCACGUGAAAAUUUUAUAUUUUUUAUCAUUUUAUUAGAUCAAAUAUUCUAGUAUUCUUCAAAUUCUUCUCUGAAUUUUCUAACGUAUUCAAUCCUUGUCCUAUCCAUGUCUUUCCCUCUGAAAUUGUCGGAUAUAAGGCUUGAUCUGUAAGGUCGAGGGGAAGACUGAAGGCAAGAGUCAAUGACGAGAAAAAAAUUCAACAUAGGCUUUCAAUAGUUCUUCAUUGGUUAUCGUCAUACUAAAAUUUAGACUAAGAGGAGGGUAGUCACUAUUUUUUGUGAUUGUAUGAGGAAGUGGAAGAGGACCUUUUAUAAUUAUGAAAUUACCACAAUACUCGUCUUCUUGGUGUUAACUAUGCAUUUUUUAAUAUUUGAUUUUGAAGUUUAGUGAAAUUUUGUUGUUGCCAAUAUUCAAGGAAAACAUUGAAAUAGAAAUAAAUGAAAGGGAACUUUCAGCAGUGAAGUUCAAACUUUUUAAUGUUGUUCUGUGUUUGGUUCAAAUUCAUGCAAUCGCUAUCAUUCUGUGUAUGGUUGCAUUUAUCUGAUUAUACUACGUGACACGAAUUUUGAAUCUUCGUUUGGUUGACUAACAGAUGCAACUUUUCUCAUCUUGAAUUAAUGCUUCACGCAGGAAUCUUUUGUUAGCACUGGGCUUGUGGUAGCUUCUAAGUUUCCUAGGUUCUCCGACAUGUACACCCUGACAAUAUCAAGUGCAGAUCCAAAAUCAAUCUUAGCUAAGAAACCAGUCCAUCUCACCAAAACUGUUACGAAAUGGUCAGUUUGUUUCUUUAUGUAAUGGCUUCUUCUUUGAAUCUCGCUUUUUCUUAAAUACAAUGCACUUCGUGAACUAGCCAUUAAAUCCAAGCAUUAGUUGUAAAAAAAACGCACUUGAUGAUGGCAUACUUUCCUCGCUUUGUUAUUCCUCAUCUUUUUCUCAUCUCACCACCACAAUCCAAAUUAGGAAUCUUUUACCCCAUAAUAUUUUUGCAUUGGCUCAGGUUCCUUCUGAACACUAAGGGUGCAGUAUAUUGACGUAUGUAAUGACCAAUUGUGCUACACUUUUUUGGCAAAAACCAGAGCCGACCUGGAUUUCGAAUUCAGAGUUGGAAUUCAACAAAAUUCAAGAAUCUCCUGUUGUGAUUAGAAACGGUGCUGCCCUCUUUCAAACAAAAAUCGCAUUAACAAUGGAAUGGAACAUAAUUUUACUUCGUUUAGACUCGUUUGAUACAUUGGCGUUUCUAUUCCAUGCAAGCCCUGGCAAUAAUUUGAAUUUAUGACCUUUUGAUUGCCAAAGCAACCAGGAUUCUUAUAAUCCUUCUACAUACUGUUUACUUUAUAAACAUAUCCAUGAAGUCAGUGAAAAUAUCCAAAAUCUUGCACCAACAAAGUUGGCUGGUGCCAUAUCCCAUCCUUUUGAAUAAUCAGAGGAACUGAAUCCUAAAUGCUGACCAUAAAAUGUUAAAUCGGCUGUUUCGUCGCAUCCCAUUUUUUGAACCAUCCAAGAAACUGAACCCUAAACCCUAACAAUAAAAAUGCUGAUAGUUUUUACUGUUAAACCCAUUCUUGGAAAAUCGUAUAUUAUCUUCUUGGACCAUCGAAUAAACCCAAUCUGAUUCCUGAACUAGAAGCUGUUGAUACUUUUAUAACUGUACACAGGGUUGGCUGUCAGUCAUCUUAUUCCAUCGUUUUGAAUCAAUUAUGAAAUUGAGCCCUAACCGCUGAACAAAAAAAUGUCAAUAAUUUACACAUAAACCCAUGGAAUUGGUUGCCAGUCAUCUCAUCCUAUCUUCUUAAACCGUCCAACAAACUGAGCCCUCCUUUUGUGCGUAUGUCUCAUUCCUCAUUACAUUUGGGUCCCAGUGUUUGUACAUAUUGACAUCCUUUUUCUCUUGUAAAUUCCUCGUCCCAUACAUUUGAGUUCCAGUGUUUAUGCACAUUGUAUCAUUUUUCUCGUGUAGAAGGUCCUCCAUGCUUACCCAAACUACUGAAGAUGAACUUAGUUCAAGACAAUAUCUCUUCUGCUGCAAGCACACAAAGUAAUUUAUUAAGUGAACAUGAAAACGUCAGGAACUUCGUACCAUUAAUUUGUUGAACAAUCUGUGAAAACCCGUGUUACUUUCUCAGUAUGUGAUCUAACCGGCCUUUGUUGACUUUCUAUCAUUCCGGCACCUUAAAUCUUUGGAGAUGUCCAACCGUAGAUUCGAUCUAAUCAACAUUCAUUUAAUUUAAAUCAAUGAAUUAGGAACUUAAUCGUCAUUAUUUGUUGCACCGUAAAAACACAUGAUAUUUUCUCAGUAUGGAUAUAAUGAACCAUUGUCGACUUUCUACAGUUCCGACACCUGAAACCUAUGAGGCUCGAGUGGUCGAAUUGAUACAAUCAACAUUAUAGUAGAAAACUGAUUCACGCACCAUUUUAGCUCUGUUUCUUUAAAUUUUGGAGCUUAAUUAACUAAAGUAAUCUCAUAUGUUCUUCUCUUCAGGUUCACCAAGGAUGGGGUUCUUGUGGAAGCCCUCCUCUUGAAGGACGUGGAGAAGCUGAUUGAUGACUACACCACUGACAGAAAGACCAAGUAA